UUAUUUUGCUUGUUUAAAAUAUUUCCCGCUUUCAAUUUAAGUCAAGUCUUUUAAUAAUCAAUUUAUUGUUUAUAAUUAAUAGUUUUGGGUAUACGAUUAUGUCUAGUUUAAAAGAGUUCAUUAUUUACCAACAUCUCAAAUCACUUGCUGCAAAGGAUAAUGAAAUAGACAAGGUUUUGCGGCUUCUGCUUUUGGAUUAUUUCCACCCCACUAUUAAUAAUUUGAUGAAAAUUUUCAAUCAAGCGCAAGAGGAACCGAAAAUUAAUUUGAGAUUAUUGAGUCAGCAGAUCGAUGAAUCAAUUGGACGCGAAGUUAAUGAAUAUUACAAAUAUCUUUCAGGCAAAAAGAGUACUCCGGCCUUGGACGAGUUAAUGGUUGAAGUCGAAAAAUUCAAACUUGAAUGUCAAAACCUCGCAGCAAUCGAUAGAGAAAUCGCCAAUGUAGCUGAAAGUAUUGUAAAAGGAGCCAACAAAUUCUACGAAUACAUCGAAAAACAUACGAAAGAUUUCAAAUUAGGAUUCAAGCUAAAUUACGAUCACGCCACUUGUAAUUUACUUUGUGCUAAAGCGCAAGCUACUUGUUUGAAAAAAAGACUCGAGGAAACCGAAGAAGCUGUCCAUAAAUAUGGUAAAAAGGAAAUUGUCGAGCGUCUGAAAAGUAAAAGAAAUGACUUGGAAGCUGAAAAUCAAAGUUUGGUCAGUGAGCUGGAAGAAAAAAAGAGUAAAUUAGAUAAAUAUGAAAAACUUGAUCCGAAACUGCUUAAAGAAUAUCUGGUCCUUAAAGAUGAACUUAACUGCCGUUUAUGGGCUUAUCGGAUGGUUGAUAGAAGCUCGAAUUGUUCACAAGGAUCGAUUGGAGACCAAUCGUGUUAAUUUUUAACUGGAGAAACAUUUAAAGAAGAACUUACUUCGAUGGCAUGAAUAUUGCAUCAAUUGAAAAUGUUUUAGUGUUAAAAACUGCUAAAUCACAAGAAAAUUUGUAAACAUGACUAACUUUGUAUUGACAUUGCAUUUGACAAGAUUUGUUAGUCACGAUGA